CUGAAUACUGAAUAUACAGACGUAUUUUCCUUAAUGUAUAUAUUUGUACCUAUUAUGAAAUGCAAAAAAAGAAAAAUAUCAAGUCGCCUAACUAAUGAGGAAAGUAUUAAAUUAACUGUGCUUUCAUUAUUAUGAAAUGUAUAUUUUCCAUUUUAGCAAACUAAAUAUUCCAUAUAUCAUUUUCUUUCCUAAACUCUCAUCUUCAAUUAAUGGUAAUUAUAUCUCAUGAUCUUUUUUCCUUCCUUAAAGACAGACUAAAUCAAGCUCAAGAUAUAAAACCUAGCAUAUAUAACCAUUAUUCCGACAGAAACUCCAUAAAAAUUGUUUUCGCAAAGAAACUCGUUGAAAGAUUGCUUCGAUAUCCAAGUAAGAAUUCGAUCUUUUGUGUAUACAUAUGUUCAUAACAAAAUACUCUGCUCUUGCUUUGCGUUUUGCUGGUUGAGUUAGGAAUGAAUUUCAAAUUUCUUUUGCACAAUUGGAUUGAUUUAGAUUUAAUGGGGUUAACAUGUCUUAGAGACAACUAAGAUCUAUAUAAUCUGAGUUUUACUAUACCUAAACAGCUAUAAACAUGAACGACUGUUCCAAAAGAAUAUCAAUUAGUCUACAUAGAUGUAUCUAUGUUUUUUGGUUACGGAAAAGGUUCAUAUGUUUAUAUGUUUUUGUGUAAUAGCAAUAAGAAAUGAGGGUACAAAAGAUGGCGCAUGAGAAAGUCGUGGACUUACAAAGGAUAACGAACGAUAAGACAAGGAUGACCACUUACAAGAAAAGGAGAGCCUGUCUUUACAAGAAGGCAGGAGAGUUCUCAACUCUCUGCGGCGUCCAGACAUGUCUCAUCGUAUACGGGCCCACCAAAGCGACCGAUGAGGUGAUUUCCAAACCUGAGAUAUGGCCGGAGGACGAGACCAAAGCCAGAGACAUCAUACGCAGGUACAGAGACACAGCCUCCAACAGCUGCAGGAAAGAGGCCCACGUCGAGACUUUCGUUAACGAUAAAGGUAAGGCAAAAGAGACGGAGAAUACUAAUACUAAUAAUAAUAAUAAGAGAGGGAUGAAUAACAAGAAUAAGUAUUGUUGUUGGGAGGAGAGGCUAGAGAAGUGUUCACAAGAGCAGCUACGUGGGAUUUUUGAUGACGUGGGAAACAAGUUGCAUGAAGCUAUAAUGAGACAGAAUCGUAGGGCUCAGCAUCAAGCCAUGGAGCCACAAACCCCGCAGAAUUUGAUGGAUCCAUAUUACAUGUCACAAUACUUUGCUGGUUACCAGCAGCAACAGUGCUUGAUGUUCCCAUAUAAUAAUAUGAGUUUCCCGUUGUUCUCGCCUCAUGAUGAUCAGAUUCCAAUGGAGCCGAUUCUAGUGGAGAAUUUUGCCGACUCAUCAGGGGUAAAUCAAGGCUUCAUGAUGUCGAAGGGAAACGAGAGUACUCAGUUUAUGCAGAGGCAAGCACCUUAUUAUAUUGAACCGGUUGUACAGAGGUCUGCAUCUUUUAAUGUUAACCCGUUCACGGGUUAUCAAGUCCCUUAUAAUGUUCCUCGGUUGCCGGCUAAUCAAGCUGAAGUAUGGGAUUUUAUGGCGAAGAAGCCGAUUUGAGUUGUUUCUCAGGGUUUUAUGAUUAGUUUAAUUGUUUCAGUUGGUUUUGUUUAUGUAUGCUGGCUUGGAUUUUUCAAGUAUGUUUCUGAUAUAUCAUCAUU